AUGACCCUCACAGAUGAACCACAGCCAAUUUUAGUCACUCCCACGGUGGACCAAGUAACCAAUCGAACGGCUCUAAUUUCCUGGGCGUUUCCCGGGGGUCAGGUGGAUGAAUACCUCGUACAAUACAAAGAGCGCCUCAAUGAUUGGACCUCUGAUAAUAACGUCAUGGAGAGAAGGAUACCCGGCAAUGUUACCAUAGUGAUAUUGACUGAUUUAAUAUCGAGUGCUUUGUAUGACGUGCGUGUUGCAUCUGUCAAUGCGAUGGGUACAUCAGAGUUCUUAUUUCAUGGAGAAUUUUCCACACAACGUGUCCAUGGUCAGAUUUGCAGUGAAACUUUCGAUCUGACUGAUGAUCUUUCUAUAAAUGCUUCACUGGCUACCUCCUGCAUACGAUGUAUUAUAGGUGGACAGUUCGCAACUGAUGUACAUUGGAUUGCUCAAACUGAUAUGGUUCUUACUGACGGAACAAAUAGAGUAUCUGUUACUUCAAUGCCUGGUGUCUUGGUAAUCACUGAUGCUGAUGCUUUCUUUCUUCUGGGAAUACCUGUCUCCCUUCAAUGCGGCGGCGCCAGUGAUUUCAUUUACCCAGCUGGGACAUUCCUACGACAGUGGUACAAUCCAGCCGGGGAACUAUUUUCUACGUUUCAAAUACCACAAUUAUCGAACGUACAAAGAGACCAAGCUGGAGUAUAUACUUGUCGACUGACUAGCAAUCAAAAUGGAGAUUUUCUUGAAGACUCUGGAAGCUUGAUCGUUAACUAUAUACCCAGUAUAGCGUCUAGUAAUCCAGCCUCUAACAUGGUCUUCAUAACUGGAACCAUAUCUCUCUCCUGUAUCUCCGACUCUGUCCCAGUCUCUUUUAUAACCUGGUUCCAUGAAAGGUCACUUCUGACUAAUGGCGCUGGUGGAGCUAUCAUUAACUCUGCUGGUGGAUCGUCCAAUCUAAUGAGGUCAGGACUGACUACAACCAGCGGCGGUACUUACGCUUGUGUCGCAACAAAUGUAGUUGGUUCUGCAAAUGCCAGUGUGGAGGUCAUCAUUCAAGUUCCCCCUGAUCCCCCCACUAACCUGAUGGUCUCCAAUAUUGGAGAGACUAGUCUGGACCUCUCCUGGACUAACGGCUUCGAUGGACUGAGCCCUAUAACCGGGGUCACAGUGAAAGUAUUCGAUGGAAUAGUACGAGUUAGAGAGAUACCUCUCACUGGCGACAGUUCUCUGCAAUCAACCCAGAUUCCUGGUCUAAAUGAAUUUACACUCUUCAAUAUUACAGUGACUGUUAACAAUGCUGUUGGCUCUAGUGAAUCUGCUAUGAUAUCAGCCAUGACUCUCUCUCUAAGGCUUGGUGCUCCUCGUAUGGUUACACUGACCAGUCCAACUUCUACAACUCUCGUUGCAGAGUGGCUGCCUCCUGUUUUCAGUGUUGCUACAACCUCUCCACAGGAAGCUUGGUUUGUCAGCCUCCGUGAUAGCAACGACGUUGACUUUCGCACUUUCAUAGUAUCUGAUCCUAACACCCUCACAUACACGUUCACUCAGCUGGAUAAGGGGUCAGGGUACAGCGUUCGGGUUGCCGGGAGCAACUCCCAGGGGAUCGGAGAUUUCUCAGACUUUGUAUCCAAUCAAACGCUAGUGGAUCCUCCUUCAAUGCCACUUAACCUGACUGACGAGGGUGUGAGUGCCUCUGGUCUAAGUCUCUCCUGGCUGCUACCGGCUGAUAAUGGUGGUCGCCCAGUCACUCAGUACAUCAUGCGCUAUAGAAUAAUAGGAGCUCCAACAUUCAGUGAGAUUGAGAUUACUGAUCUGUCUGACCUCUCCCUGUUACUAUUUAAUGGUAGGACCCCCAGUCCACCAAUCGACCUUGUGGGCAGCACCUCAUAUGAAGUUGAAGUGGUAGCUGUGAACACAGCUGGUAGAGGAGAGGCUGCCACCAUUACCAUCAUGACCCAGUCACUGGAUGAACCACAGCCAAUUUUGUUAGAACCUAUCUCGCACCAAGUAACCAAUCGAACGGCUCUAAUUUCCUGGGUGUUUCCUGGGGGUCAAGUGGACGAAUACCUCAUACAAUACAAGGAGCGGCUCAAUGAUUGGACCUCUGAUAAUGAUGUUAUAGAAAGAAGGAUACCCAGCCAUGUUACCAUGGUGAUAUUGACGGAUCUAAUACCGAGUGCUUUGUAUGACGUGCGUGUUGCAUCUGUCAAUGCGAUGGGAACAUCUCAGUUCUUAUUUCAGGUUGAAUUUUCCACACAACCACCCUCACCGCCCACUGUUUCCGGUCCCAGGGAAGUUUUUGCUGGUCAGAUAACACAACUCAACUGCUCCUCCAGUGUCAGUAAUGUCCUUUCUCUACGCUGGGGGCGUGUUGGUCGACUCAAUCUGCCCUCGUCUGCCAUUCAAGUUGGCAAUAACCUCGUAUUCAUUAACCCACAAUCUACAGACACAGGGACCUACUCUUGCACUUUGACCCCUGGCGUGAGCGCAAACAUCACCAUCAGCUUCCUCACACCACCUACAGAAGGAGGUGAUGUUAACGAAGUGGUAAUCGCUGUGUCUGUGGUUGGAGUUAUUGGAGUCAUAGUGAUCAUACUACUCUUUAUUCUCAUACUGUUGAAUUGUCAGAGACGAAAACCUUCUUAUUCCUUGCAUCCCAACCAAACUGCAUCGAGGAAUCCCGCAUAUGGUAUGUCUGCCCCUAAUGAUGCAGUCAACGUCAAAUCGGAGCACUCAUAUGAUUAUGUUAAUCCAGAUAUAGAUCAGGAGCGUUAAGAAUUGUCGAUCUCUUGACAACAACAACAAGUGGUGAGGGUAUGUUGGCUCAAUCAAAUAAUAAUUAAUCGUGAAGCAGUGAGACAGUAAUUUAGAACCUGUGAGUGUAAUAGGGAUAUGUGUGUUCUUAUUUUUAUACCGAAAUGUCGCUUUAAUAGUCUUUUGUAUAUACAAGAUGAUUGUGUGUUAAUUCUUUUUGAAUGAGAAAUGAACAUAAUUAUGAAAAUUUCAAAUCAAAA